GAAUGUGCGAGACAAAACAGAGUUUUGCUAACAUUAGCCAAAAAUGAAAACUGGAGUUACAUUAAAUAUAUGAACGCUACAUGGUUUGCUGAAUCGGGAAACUAUUAUGCACAUGGUGAGGGACUCUUCGUGCUGUAACUUUGUUUUUGGCCGCGGAAUAAUGUAUGCUGGAUAGCACAGCCUAGCUUUACAUUUCAGGGAAAUACAGGCAGAAUUAGUUACCGCGUUAGUUUCGGUGCUCAAAGUAAACAUCACACACAGGAAACAAGUUCCCAUCAACGCAAGGAGGUUAAACCUGACCGCAAAACUGCCCGGAUGAGUGAACGCUGAGGGCCUGACCAGUCGCGCUGCUCACGUGCUACCGUGGCUAAAAAGUUAGCAGGUUGGAAUAGCGGUCCGCUGCUCUUCAUCCAAAAGUCACUGACUAAAAAAUGUUUGGUUCCUCGAGAGCUGGAGGGGUCCGAGGAGGCCAGGACCAUUUCAAUUGGGAUGACGUGAAAGUCGACAAACACAGAGAAAAUUAUCUCGGCAACUCUUUGAUGGCACCAGUCGGUCGAUGGCAAAAAGGCAAAGACUUGACAUGGUAUGCAAAAGACAAAAAAGGCAGAGCAGCUUUGUCCAAAGAGGAUGAAAUUGCUGCGGUUAAGGCUGCAGAGCAUGAAGCACUGAUGGCUGCCCUAGGGCACAAGAAUAUAAAGAGACAACCAACUGGCCUGACCAAAGAAGACCUCGCAGAUGUUUGCAGGAGGGAAGAGGCUGAUGGUGAGGAGAGAAAUGUGGACCGUGUCUCAGGCUUGGGAAGCUCCAGUGCAGGGUCAAGGAAGAUGGUGUUGUCCCAAAAAGAAAAAGAGGCUGCUAAAAUGGGCUUACCAGUUUUUACACACCACAAGACCGAGAGUCGUCCAGAAACCGCAACAACAACAACAUCUGAGAGUGUAAGAAAAAGAGAGAUGGAACGACGGCAUGAGAGCAAAAAGAAAAAGAAAGAAAAAAAGAACAAAAAGGAGAAAAAGAAGAAGGAAAAGAAGAAGAAAAGGCAAAGAAGAGAUUCGUCCUCCUCAGAGUCAGAUGAAGAGAUGAACAGAAAGAGGCACAGAAAGGACCACCAUCAUCAUAAUCCAUCAUACCAUAGUCAGAGUGGAGCCAGACCUCAUGACAGCCAUUCAAGGGGGGCAGCAAAGGCUGAGCGACAGCCCUCCUACCCCUAUCAUCGACAGCAGCGGCAUGACACAGACUCCUCUGAUGGGGGGUCUCCUGUCUCCCGUAACCCUGCCAGCCACAAGAUGGCCCCUGCUGGUGCAACACAAAGCCACAGGCGGCGCCAUGACACAGACUCGGACGACUAAUGUGCUGCCCCCCCAGUUCAAAGAUGCAUAAUUUGGACAGAGCGCUCUACGGCAGCUUGACUGGCCCUGAUCACAUUUACCUUAGACGACCAAACAGCCUGUGGAUCGAGACAGGUUGAAGUGUCAGACAAACAGGCUCGGGCCUCAUGUUUUAACUUUUGAAUUAUGUCAAGGAAUUGGUCAGUUGGUGAUGGGACACCACCAUGUUUUUUUUUUUUAAAUCCCACUUAUAAUUUCUGUAUUGUAAUAGGUUGUGUAUUUUUCUUGGCCUGAUGGCUGUCAUUGCUCAGGAAAUCUUAGAAAUUUAUGCUGAACCCAUGCCACAGGAACAUUUAUUGGAUGCCAUAUGAUUUUUCCUGGAAACAACUUAUCUGAUACUCCGUGUUUACAACAGCUCAAGUAAAAGAUUUCAAAAACGGA